AGACAAAUCUUUGGAAGCGGUGGUAUCACGUGAUAAUACGAAAGCAAUAGUAAUAGGAUUAUUGAAAUCAAAAUUGCUCGAAUUUCGGUGACUUUCGUUUUUAGACGCACGACUCCUAAUUUUCCGCGUAAGCUGGAUGUUCAGACACCUUGGCCUGCUGACCGAGCUGACAGUCUCCUGCGUGCAUCGUGCCCUGGUGCCUCCACUCCUCACCCUUGGAGUCAGCCAUCGGUGUCCAGGGUUUCGGCUAAUGGCGUCUGAGGCUACCCAGGUGGCGGGUCCUGCUGUCCUCACGGCUGUGGAGGGUGGGGAGAGUGCCGGUGGGAGUCAGAGUGAAGUGCAGCAGUCUGGGGCAGCUGUGUGCGAGCAGAGAGGUGCGGAGACAGGUGGUGUUACAUUGCCGCCCGCUGGCCCUGCCUCAAGUGCCGGUACGCGGGAUGGUGGGACCAGUAGUGCUCUGGUCAAACACGGGAUGCAGCAGGAGGUCGGCAACUGCGAGACGCCUGAAGAACCGGCCGACUCCGAGACGCCUGCGGGACCGGCCGGCGCGGGUUCUGCCAGUGAACCACCCGCUGAGGAGACAGUCUCAACGACUCCAAAGUCCACGGACCAGGAGCUGGUUAACGGCCUGGUCCUGGACAAACGGAAACGGGAUGACGACGAUGAGUCGCCCGAGCUGAAAAAGGUGAAGCUAGACCCCCGGCUUGCUUGUCUACUGCAGGCCAAACUCGAGACGAAGGCCCUGAAAGCCAAACGUCCCGGGUUCACCGAUGAACGCUACACGGAGACGUCGUACUGGUUUGAGAACGGUCUACGGAAGGUCUACCCGUACUACUUCACUUUCACCACGUUCACCAAAGGCCGCUGGGUGGGGGAGAAGAUCCUGGACGUGUUUGCACGCGAGUUCCGCGCUCACCCGGCCGAGGAAUACGAGCGCUGUAUCCGCGCCGGCACGCUGACCGUCAACUAUCAGAAGGUGGACGUGGAUCACCGGCUGCGGCACAACGACCUGCUGGCCAACGUGGUGCACCGACACGAGGUGCCGAUCACGGCCGAUCCCGUGCCUCUCGUUCACAUGGACGACGAUAUCGUUGUUGUCGACAAGCCCUCCUCCAUACCGGUUCACCCGUGCGGCCGGUACCGCCAUAACACGGUGGUGUUCAUUCUGGCCAAGGAGCACGGCCUGAAGAACCUGCGGACCAUCCACCGCCUCGACCGGCUGACCAGCGGUCUGCUCAUGUUCGGGCGCACCCCGGCAAAGGCGCGCGACAUGGAGCAGCAGAUCCGGACGCGCCAGGUCACCAAGGAGUACGUGUGCCGCGUGGAGGGCGAGUUCCCCAGUGAGCCGAUCUCGUGUAAGGAGCCGAUCGAGGUGGUCAGCUACAAGAUCGGCGUCUGCAAGGUCUCUCCCAAGGGCAAGGAGUGUCUGACGGAGUUCACGCGGCUCAACUACAACGGCCGCAGCUCGGUGGUCGUGUGUCGGCCGCAGACGGGCCGCAUGCACCAGAUCCGGGUCCACCUGCAGUACCUAGGUUAUCCGAUCAUCAACGACCCCCUGUACAACCACACCGUGUUCGGGCCGGGCAAGGGCAAGGGCGGCACCAUCGAGAAGUCGGACGAACAGCUCAUCCAGGACCUGAUCGCCAUCCACAACGCCGAAAACUGGCUCGGCAUGGACGGAGACGUCGAGCUCAGCAUGUUCAAACCCAAGGAGGCCGGCGAGAUGGUUCCACCAGUGCCCGCCAGGUGUCGGGACGGCUCGCCCGCCACGGCCAGUCCCGGCCCCUCCGAGACAGCCGGUCAGCCCGCCGCGCCGGCGUCAGCCGUCCCUCAGACCCAGCGCCAGACGGGCGGUAGCGAAGCCGGCGCCCCCAUUGCUGCUGCGGCGGAGCCCGGCGCCCGGGACGGCGAGACGCCUCCGGCGGCCGGCGCGGCCGGCGCGGGCGGGGGCGGGGGCGGGGGCGGCACGUUCCGCCCAGAACUGAUGGUGGCCGACCCGCACUGCUACGAGUGCAAGGUCCGCUACCGCGACCCCAAGCCCAGCGAUCUGGUCAUGUACCUGCACGCGCUCAAGUAUGCGGGUCCCGGCUGGCAGUAUGAGACCAAGAUGCCCGACUGGGCGGCCGAGGACUGGCGCGACCCAGACGGCAAGGCUUGAGGGGCGCCAACGUCCGGACGGCAAGGCCUGGGGGGCGCCCCGUUCCAGACAGCUGAGCCUGAGGGGUCCGCCCCGCCGCCGGCCUCCCUGUCGUCAUAUCACCGGGCGCUGUCGGUCCGGCAGUGACCGGGCCGCCCUCUGGAGUUCUUCCGAGCGCCGAGAGUUCGGCAGUGCGGCGGCUAAGGCCGGCGGCAAACAGUCUUUCCAUCGGUCGGGCGCCGCCUGACCCAGACUGUAGUGUAGAGACGGGCGGGUCCGCGGGCCGCACGGCCGGCGCUGCGCCUACUUCCGUGCUGGAGGCCGCUGCUUGGCCUGCUGUGCAGACUCGAAUCAAAAGACAAGUGUCUGGGCGGGCCCGGGCCGCGCGCCGCCUGUGUCGGUGACUGGCGGGUGACUCUGUGUCAGCGGCUGGCCAGCCGGCUGGUCAAACGGGGGUGUUUGUAGCUAGUGGUACUAUGUGCGGCCCAGUGCCUCAAUGUCUUCGCCUCGGCGCCGAACGAUGGAGCCGAUGUUAUAAGUCAUAUCCCGCGGGCGGACAUCAUAUGGCAGCCUGCCUGUGGACAUAUGGCAGCCCUGAAUAUAGUGCCGCGACCGGUGCAAAGUGUCACUCGCUAGUGUCACGAGUUUUCAGUGUAACUCGGCAAAACUGGCGCAGCCCAGACGCGCUACAAGGAUGGACUGUCUUUGUAAACUUUCACACCUCUUCCCAUGAUGUGCUAGGAGAUGAUUUCGUUUCCGGAUGUCUAUGUCGCGACUAACGCGCUGCUGUGACGGCGGGCAGCCUCUUCCGUCGGCGCGCCGCGGUGCUGACCGGCGUGACUCGCGCGCUCUGUCCGCGGCCGUGACGUCACGCUGACGUCACGGCCGCCGUGCCUUGUGAGUUGGCGGCGCGGCCGUGCCUGCGGGCGCGGCCGUUCGCCAGUGCCUUGGUCUUACCUCAGUCUCCCGGCGCUGCGGCGCGCUCUGCGGGCGCCGCGGCCGCCGGGCGCGGAGCCGCGGGCGCCCCCUACCGGCCGAAUGUCAGCGCGCGAGGGCUGGUCUGUCUGUUGGUAUGUUUGCUUUGAGUUUGUUGACUGCGAAUGUGUCUGGCUGAGCCGAGUAUCGAGCUGUAAGAACUGAAACAUGACCGGAUGCUUUCCGUCCGCUUUUUAGACUCAAAUUGUGUCCGGAAAACCACGCACAUCCUUUCAACACGCUGCAGACACCGCCAAGCGUACAACUGAGUGUAAGGUGGCGUGUGAAUGCUGUAAAAUUGCGAGUUGGACGGAUGUGUCCUGUGACGCCGAACAAUCACCGAUGGAUUCGCUGCUCGCCCCGUGCUGCCAUGAACUGACGCACGUGUGAGGACAUGGUUGUCUCAGUGAGAGCGGGGAUGCGUGUGUGCUGUCGACAGGCGAUAUCCGUCAGCGUGAGCGAGUGCCGGAGGGCGGUGGGUGUGUCGCUCUGCUACUCAGUCUCCCGAUCAGCCGAGGCUGGCCGCAAUAUGUUGACGUUUGAACAAUAAAAUGACCUUCCGA